UCUGCAGAUGGAAAGCAAUAGAACAGGAGGAGGGUGAUUACGCACCUUCUGACCAAGCAAUCCUAACAAACUACCAAACCUCUGCCUGAGACUACAUAUCGGAUCCAGAUACAACGCAAGCAAUCCUAUCAACUGCAAAUCCAUCACAAUGAAGAUUGCUGUGCUGUGCAUGUGUCUUUUCACCGUCGCUUUUGCCCUUCCAGUUGGCAAACAUCAUGAUAACUCAAGGAGUUCGGAAGGAAAACAUGAUUCCAAGGAUCAUCAUCAUCAUGCUCAUGGCCAUCACCAUCACCAUCACCAUUCGCACAGCCAGGAGCAUAGCAAUGAGCAUGUGAACAGCCAUGAGUCCCAAGAAUAUCAGGUGUCCUCUCAGCUGACCUCUCUGUCUUCAGAAGAAAGCGAUGAGAUCACUGAGCAGCAGACCCUCUUGGUACCUUCCAGCAGCGAUGACGACAAUCACAGUGAUGUGGAUGACGAUGAUGACCAUGAUGAUUCUGAUGAAUCAGACGAGUCACAUGAAGACUCUGUCACAUAUUUCCCCACUGAGGCUCCUUUUACCCUGCCUGUUACUCCUGACCCCUUUACCGGCAGAGGAGACGUACCUUACGGAAUAAAGGCGAAAGUUGACCUGGUCCUUUUUGAGAAAUCCAAAAAGGCACACAAAAGAUCUGGCAAGUUUGAUUCUCAUGAUGUUUCGGAUGACGUUGACAGCACCCCAGAUGUGGAGAGCAACGAAUCCCAUUCCUCCAAGGCACAUUCUUUUGAAAGUCAGGACACAAGUGUUGAAACAGAUGACACAAGUGACCUGAGAGAUAGCAAUGAGGUCCACAGCGCAUCCCACGAUAAAAGCAUGGAGAAGGACAGUCAUCAGGAGAGUGCCGAGGAACACCAUGAUGACAGUGACCAUGACAAUAGCAAGGUUUCCAUCUCCAUGGAAAGCCACGAGAGCAGAGAGCACCAGAAGGCCCACAUGAUCCGGGAGGUAGACCAUGACCAUGAUGCUGACAGUGUCAGCAACCAAACAUUUGAAAGCGCUGAGAAUCACCACAGUGCUGAAGAUCAUCACAGUGCUGAGGACCACCACCCCAGUGUUGAGGAUCACCCCAGUGUUGAGGAUCACCCCAGUGUUGAGGAUCACCACAGUGUUGAGGAUCACCACAGUGUUGAGGACAAUGAAGUCACGCUGUGAAUGGAUAAAGAGGCAGUCUCUGUUCUUCUCUGAGAGCACUCUGCAAAUUUUUUGCUUGAACGAGUGCAGCCCAAAUUGGAGCCCAAAUUCAUAACAGGUGGCUUUUGUGUUUUUAUUUCUGUUUUGUUGAGUGAGUGAGGAGAGAGAGAAAGAGGAGAGAGAAGGGCAAUGCAAUUUUUACUUGAAUUGUUGCUCUACACAUAUCACAAGUCUGAUUCCAGCAAUUACAGCAGUUAUAGGCAGCAGUUUUGUUAGCCAGGAAAAUGCACAGCCUGAUCCAGUCCAUGUUUACUGGGAAGUAAGCUCCACUGAUUUAAGUCAGUGCUUACUUCUCAGUAAACAUGGUUAGGAUUUCAGUCUUAAGUGUACAGUACGAGCAGUCCUGUCCAUUAGAAAACUGUAAGCCCUUCUUGCUGCAUAUUUUCUUCCUCUGUCUCACAGUGAUUUGCCAUGAAGGAGGGAGAGAGAGAGAGAUGCUAGGGGAAAAAACUAGCUUUACUCUGAGUGAAUGUUACGUCUUAUGAUACUGUACUUCUAAAGGGUUUAAUGCUGCAAUGUAUAUUUUGUUGACAAUUGUGAGUUAAAUAAAAAGACAAAACCUAA